GUACCAGACAACAGGGAAUGGAAGACAUACAAGUAGGAUUUCACCACAGGUGGAAUUUUCCAGGAUGUUGUGGAGCCAUCGACGGCAAACAUGUGGUAAUUCAAGCUCCUCCCAAUUGUGGUAGUGAAUACUAUAAUUAUAAAGGAACAAACAGCUUGGUGCUCUUAGCAGUCGUGGAUCAUGACUACUGUUUUAAAUAUGUGGACAUAGGCUCAUAUGGGCGAAACUCGACGGUGGUGUUUUCCAAGCUUUCUCAUUGUAUCCAGUGUUGGAAAAUGGGUCAUUACUGCCAGAAGGUGGAUUCCUAG